AACAUGGCAGAGUACGACUACAUCAUAUGCGGCGGUGGCACUUCUGGCUGUGUGGUUGCAGCCAGGUUGGCGGAGGAGCCUCAUGUGCGAGUGCUGUUGAUUGAGGCCGGGGAGCACAACAAGGACCUCGAGAACACUCGCAUGGUAGGUGGAUGUGCUCAACUAAUCGGCACCGCACAAGAUUGGAACUUCAAGACCGUGCCGCAGAAGCAUGCGAACGACAGAGAGAUCGAGCUUCAACGAGGCAAGUUUCUCGGAGGCUCCAGCGGCGUCAACGGCACCCUCUGUAUCCGUGGCUGCAAGCAAGACUUUGAUGAUUGGGACCUGCCGGGCUGGUCUGGCGAGGAAGUCUUCGAGGCCAUGAGGAGGACGGAGACAUUUCAUGACAAGGACUGGUUCGAGGCUGCGGGCGGAGCACACGGUCGUCAAGGCCCUCUGCAUACGGAGCCUCAUGACCUUGCGCCCAUAUCGAAGCUCGUCCUGCAAUCUAUGCAGUCGAAAGGUUUGCAACUCGAUCACGACAUGUUCUCGACCGGCGAUACGGCCCAUGGUUGUGGACAUGUGCCUCGAACGCACUACCGGGGACUACGGACCACUGGUGCAGAUUUCAUUACGAACGAGAACCACCGUGAUACCAUUGAUAUCGUCGUCAACGCGACUGUUGAUAAGGUCAACUUGACUGACACCUCACAUGGCUGGCGAGCGACGAGUGUGGAUGUUGUGCUCGCUGACGGGCAGCGGAAGACUUUCGUUGCCCAUCGAGAGAUCAUCGUGUCUGGUGGCUCCUACUGCACUCCUGCAAUUCUGAUGCGAUCCGGUAUAGGACCACGCCAAGAGCUCGAGAAGAACGGAAUAUGCUGCAAAGUGCCCUCUCCCGGGGUGGGCCGCAACCUGCAGGACCACUUGAUCGUCUUCACCUUCUACGAGGUGUCCGAGCCUGGUCUGACCACUGACGAAAAGAUCUGGCACGGCAAUGCUUUGGCCAAGAGUUACGCGAGUUGGAAAGAAGACAAGUCCGGAUUCCUUUCGACAUUCCCGUUUGGCGCAUUCGCCUAUGCUCGCCUCGAUGAUCGGCUCCAUGACGCGGAUCUCUGGCAGCGAGCUCGUGCUGACACUGCUCCUAGCCGCGAUCCCAUGGGGCUCACCACUAAACAGCCGCACGUGGAGUACUUUAAUACAGAAUGUUACGCGGGCCCUCGGUUCUAUGAUCAACGACCCGUGAACGGCGAGCAUGCGUUUGCCAUGAUCACCGAGCUGUUCUCGCCACGGUCACGAGGUACAGUGACGCUGAAUUCAAAAGACCCACUCGACAAUCCAGUCAUCGAUUGCAAUUACCUCGCGGACCCUCUCGAUGUAUUGGUACUUGCGGAAGGCGCUCGUCUGGGCAACGAGAUCAUCAUGAAUGGCGAGAGUACGAAGAGUGUCGUGAAAGGAUCAUGGCCAGCUGAUCUUACCCACCAUACUUACAAUAGUCGUGAGGACUGGGUUCCACAUGUGAGGCAGCAUGCCACAACUUGUUAUCACCCAGCGGGCACCGCAAGAAUGGGUAAGGCAGGCGAUGAGUUUGCAGUACUCAACGAGAAACUGCAGGUUCGUGGAGUGCAAGGUCUACGUGUAGCUGACUGCAGCGUGAUGCCAAAUCUGCAUGGCGGGCAUACACAAAUGGUCGCAUACGCCAUUGGCGAGCGGGCGGCUGAUUUCAUCAAGCACGACGGGGAUGAAGUGAACGACUGCGUGUGUCGUAUAGACAGUGUCCAGGAUGUCAAAUGCUGAUCUGUAGGCGGCCCAGCCGGCAUUCAGUCAGCUUGACCGGAGCACACUCGAGAACAUCUUGACAAGCUUCACGGGCACAGUGGUAUAUGUAGAGGUUGACGGGUGUUUCGGGCCUCUCGGCAAUGGGACAAAGCUGGAGCAUCUGCUAAUGGACUUUGACGGAAUGGCAGUGAACUGUCGGGCCCUUCAGAGGUGUGGGCAGCCGAAUGAAGUGAAG